CGCGCAUGAUUUAAGAAAAUCGGAACAUUCAUUCGUAGCGUCUUACGAGAUAAUUCGGAAGGAAUUCAGGUCAAAAUAUUGACAAGAAUAGUUGAAAUGACUCACACUUGCUCUAAACCUAUACUUAUUGGACCAUCAAUUUUGAAUGCGGAUUUGUCCAAACUAGCUGUUGUUUGUGAUCAUCUACUUAACUCUGGCGCUGAUUACCUACACCUCGAUGUCAUGGAUGGACAUUUUGUACCCAAUAUCACAUUUGGGCAUCCUGUUGUAGCGUCUUUGAAAAAACACCUUCCAUCAAAGGCGUUUUUAGAUCUUCACAUGAUGGUUUCUAAUCCCGAGAAGUGGGUUGAGAAUAUGAAAGCUGCUGGGGCAAGCCAAUACACUUUUCACUUAGAAUCAACUGGAAAUGCUAUGCAUUGUAUUCACAAAAUACGUGAAGCCGACAUGAAAGUUGGUCUUGGUAUAAAACCAAAAACACCAGUCACUGAAGUAUUACCUUAUGUUGACUCCGUUGAUAUGAUUUUAAUUAUGACUGUCGAACCUGGUUUUGGUGGGCAAAAAUUUAUGGCAGAUAUGUUACCAAAGGUUAAAUAUCUUCGUGAAAGGUAUGCAAAUUUGGAUAUUGAAGUUGAUGGUGGUGUCACCCUGAAGAACGUUCGAGAUUGUGUCGAAGCUGGAGCGAAUAUGAUUGUCUCUGGCACCGAAAUAACAAGUCAUGAAAAUCCUGCUAAUAUUAUUAGAUUGAUGAGAUCUAAUGCUGGUCAACUUUUUAAUUCAUCACUCAUAGAUUAGUGAAAUAUUAAUGAUCAUUUUUUUUUGUACUUUGGUUCAACUAAAUAGAUUCUUUUUCUACAAUAAAAAAAUAUAUGAAUUUGACAAGA